AUGUCUUUCCAAAGCCCUAGUUCAACCUGCCGCACAUCCAUCCCCAGCCUGGGGACAUUGGACGGACUGCAAUAUGAAAACGGCGUGCGGCAAUUCUGUGGAAUUCCAUAUGCUCACCUAUCAAAGCGCUGGACACGAUCAAUAAAUGACUGUCCAAGCCCCAAGAUCGACGGCGACGACAGCGACGACCUAGUUCCCGUCCCACCGGCAGCGCACUUUCCCAACCCGCCAGACGUAGAUGAACUAUCCGCUCUGGUGAUGAACAUCGUCAUUCCCUGCACCAUCAACCCAAAUACUACCAACAAUACACCGCUCCCCGUCCUGGUGUAUGUCCACGGCGGAUCCCUGCUGUACGGCGGCGCCAAUCUCCCCAUUUUUGAUGCCGUCAACCUAGUUUCCCACAGCAUCGCCAUCGGCAAACCCAUCAUAGUCGUCAACUUCAACUACCGCGUCGGCAUCGGCGGAUUCCUAGCCGGCGAUGCCAUUGCGCGCGAGCUGGCGCGCGAUGGGUUUGCGGGCAGUGGAAACUUCGGAUUCACAGAUCAGCAGGUUGCGUUCGAGUGGGUGCAGCGGUACAUCCCGUUCCUGGGCGGAGAUGCCAACAAUGUCACAGCGGUGGGUGAGUCCGCUGGUGGUAUAUCCAUCAGUAACCAGCUCCUAGCAAAGAACCCAACGAUUUUCAAUCGCGCAGUGUGCAUGUCUGGAUUAUCCGCUGCUAUCCCGGCGUGGACGAUGAAGCAGCAUGACCGGUUCUUCGGGGACGUGUGUCGCCAUUUUGGCAUCGAUCCUGCAAGACCUGAUGCCCUGGACGGACUCCGCGCUGUACCGCAGCAGGAACUUGCGAAUGCAACCCCAAUUAUUCAGGGCGUGCUGACUGGCACGGGGAAUCCAUGUCUGGAUGGAUGGUUUUAUGGAAAUUCGGACCCGCGGGAUAUCCAUGCUCCGCCGGGCUGGCUGGAGGGACUUAUGCUGGGCGAUACCUACCAUGAAGGCGUGAUCUUCCACCUUAAUCUGCUGGAAGAGGACUAUGAGAGCAUUCGCCGAACUCUCCAAUCCUAUAUCGAGAACGAGGUAUAUACGGACCAAAUACUGGAUGACUACGGGAUCAACAAGGAUCUAUCUCCCGAGGAGCUGCUCCUCCGCGUUGAACACAUGUGCGGCGAUGCCAUCUUCAAGAUUCCCAAUUACGUGCAGGCGCAGACACAUCUGUCCAAAAACGUGUCAAUUGGCUCUACGCUGUUUAUGUACCACUUCGAUCAGCGAUCCCGCAUCCCGAAUGCGUUGGAGGGAACGGCAUACCAUGCCCAUGAACUGCUCUAUCUAUUUGGGAACCUAGACCAUGCGCUCAACGAAGAUGAGCGUCGCAUGGCGCGGGAGUUUGCAUCCGCAUGGAUCUGUUUCGUGAACGGGCUGGAGCCAUGGGAUGCCAGUGAAAAGAAGUGGAUGGUCUGGGGUCCAAACAGUAGCGUGAAGCUCAAAUCAGAAGAGGAAGAUGAUACCGUGAGAGGCUAUGCUCGGAUGAAGAAGGUCUUGAACCUGGGGAGCGGCGAGAUAUGGAAGAAAUGGCUGGCUGGUGUGGAUGCUCUAGUAAAUCAUCGACAGCACUGGAAAGAAUAG